AUGGCUAACCUGGAUGGAGACCCGCGCUGCGUGCACGCGGAGGCGAUAAAAAAUGGCGUUGUUCCUACACCCCAAACCAGGGCGUUCUUCAACAACCUCAUCACCCGCUACGCCAGAUUCGAUGCCGCAGAUUCAGCCUUUGCACUCUUCCGCACCAUUCCCUGUCCUAACGUCGUCACGUGGACCUCCAUCAUCUCUGCAUUCGCCGAUUCUCCGCAGGCCGCCAUUAACCUCUUCCUCUCCAUGCUGCGGUCGCCCAGGCGGAGUCUGCCCAACGCGCGUACUUUCUCCACUUUGCUCAGGACAUGUGCUUCGUUGCCGGAUAAUCGCUUCGCUCCACAGCUGCAAUCUCUCUCCUUGAAGCUAUCUGCGCUCGAGAGUCCUUUCGUAGGGUCAGCUUUCGUCUCUUUAUAUAGUAAAAUUGGGGAUUUGGAUUCUGCGCGUAAGGUGUUCGACGAAAUGUCCGAACCCGACGGAGUUUGUUUUGCUGCGAUGAUCAACGGUUUAGCUCAAAACAACAGGCCAAUCGAAGCUCUUCAGUGCUUCAGUGAUAUGAGAAGGCACAAUUCGCCUUCAACAUCUCAGAGCUUAUCUGGAGCAUUGUGCGCAGCUUCUGGAACUGCCAUGCUCGAGCAAUGCAGGAUCUUCCAUGGCCAUGCUGUAGUUACAGGUCUAUAUUCGAACAUUUAUGUUGCGACAGCAUUGAUCGACGGGUAUGGCAAGUGUGGGAUUAUUGAGGAGGCAAGAAAAGUGUUCGACGAAUGGAAACUGGAGCUUCAAAUAGCAGGAUGGAAUGCAUUAAUGGCAGGGUAUGCAAUACAGGGGAGCACUGAAAGUGUUAUUAAUCUCUUCAAUGCGAUGGAGCAUCGAGGGAUUGCACCGGACGAGUAUACAUUCUUGGCAGUUUUGACGGCGUUCCAAAGUACUAAUAUGGUAGCUGAGAUUGAAAGAUGGCUCGAUAGGAUGAAAAUGAAAUACGGACUAGAACCGAGCAUCGAGCACUACACAUGUUUGGUUGGCGCGAUGGGGAGAGCCGGGAGAUUAGAGGAGGCCGAGAGAGUAGCUUUGGCAAUGCCAUACGAGCCUGAUGUAGCUUUUUGGCGCGUGCUGUUGUCGAGUUGCGCAAUUAACAAGAACACAGACAAGGCUUGGAAGAUGGCUGAGAAACUGUUGGAAAUCAACCCCCAAGACGACUCGACUUAUGUGAUACUAUCGAACAUGUUUGCCAGCGCUGCAAUGUGGGAUGAGGUCAAGAAAGUUUGGAAAGUUAUGAGGGAUAGGGGAGUGAAGAAAGAGAUCGGAAAAAGUUGGAUCGAGGUGCUAGGCGUCGUCCAUGUGUUCUUCGCGGGAGAUAGAAGGCACGCCAGAAUGGAUGAGAUUUACGCGAAGCUAAAAGAGAUGAUGAUGGAGAUCAAGAAGAUGGGCUAUGCGCCGAAUGUGAGCGAAAUAUGGCAUGAAGUGGAGGAGAAGGAGAAGCACGAGUUGCUUUUGUAUCAUAGCGAGAAACUGGCAGUUGCAUUCGGAUUGUUGCGUGGGGUGACGCCGCUGGGGAAGCCCCUGAGAAUUAUAAAGAAUCUGAGAAUAUGUAAAGAUUGUCACGACACAUUCAAGUAUAUUAGCAUUGUAGCCGCAAGAGAGAUUGUCGUGAGGGAUGUUCAGAGGUACCAUAGGUUCUCGAAUGGCUCAUGCAGCUGUUGCGACUCGUGGUAG